AAACAAAUCGGGGAUGUAGCUCAAAUGGUAGAGCGCUCGCUUUGCAUGCGAGAGGCACGGGGUUCGAUCCCCCGCAUCUCCACUUUUUUCUUUUUAGAAUUGCCUUGUUGUCAAGGGCGGCUCUACUCGUAUCCACCGCGGAACCUUUUAAUCGCCGGCGAAGCCGCCGCCAUGUCUCCACCACCAAGACUUUUCCUGAUCGCCGGUUCCGCCACGUCUAUCUCAGCGUCGCUCCCGCCAAACCUCAACAAAUAUUCACCUCAGCGUGAAGGAAAGCCGAUCUGCCGCCGCAACGCCGUCGUUUUGCUCUCUCUACUCGCUCCCCUUCUUCCUUCUCUCCGCCAUCCACCGGCAGCAUCGGCCUUCUCGCUCGGCAUCUCAGGACCGAAACAGUGGCUUCAAGAGCAGAAGAAGAAUUCGGCCCAGUUCUUACUGGCUCCUGUAAAUGCCUCUCGCAAUAGCCUCCAGACGGCUCAUCAUCUUCUCGUGAAUCAGAACGGUGGAUCCGAAUUUGAUGAAAAUGAAUUGGAAGAAGUACAGAGCUUGCUAAAGUCUGCUGCUAGGGAUUGCGUUCUUCAAGAUAGGAAUCGUUUCGUUCAGUUUCAAUCCCGAGCUGGAGUCGAGGUCUGCACAUUCAGGCUGAUUCUGAAAAAUGCUUCUUCUUUACUUGAUGAUAACGAUCCUUUAAAGAUGGAUGCUGAAUCCAAGCUCACUGACCUAAUAAGAUGCUUUGCUUCUCUCAAUGGCAUGGCAAGUGAACUUGAUGUUCAAGUUGCUUCCAACAGACAGAAGAUAGCAGAUGCACUUGUGGUUACAAUUUCUUCUCUCAACAUAUUUGAACAGGGGGUCAAGGAUUGCCUUGGAGCUUGAUCACUUAUACUGAGUAAAGGAAAAGGGCAAAUUUUCCAAUAUUUGGCAAGUGCUUUUUCCCUUUAGAAUAUGACAGAUGGUUUCUAUCCUCCAAGCUCUGGCAGUUAAGGGGGAAAAAAAAGAGAAAAACUAAAAGAUCUUCAAGUGAUAAGCUGGUGUUUGAGUUUAAAUGUGAACUGGUUCUGCUAUGUGCAAAUACCGAAAUGUUCAAGGAUUGUAGUACAAGAGCAGCCCCUUUGUCCAUAUACUAAAGAAAGUUGAAAUGA